GUAUGAAGCGGUGAAUUGUGAAUGGUUCACAGUUCGGCUGUAAGCACAACGGAUUUCGCUUACAGUAGGACCGCAAGUGUUUUCAUGGCUAUAUUCAAACGCCGAGAAAACAGUGUGUUCACGUCUGCCGGGUAGCGAUGCUUAAACCCUGCAUACUGUCUCCCAACACUUCUGCUGCCAUUCAGCUGGAAGAGCCGAAAAGGUGGCUGAUGUGACAUUACUUCUAUGCUGUGCUCAGUUUAUUGUUCUGGUCCCAGACAGACGCGGAUGAGAAAUUGUGUAAGAAGAUGUUGAGUCGACUGAUGAGCGGCAGCAUCCGGAAUCUAGAAAGAGAAUACAACUGUACCGUCAGGCUUCUGGAUGAUACCGAAUACACCUGCACGAUUCAGAGAGACGCGAAGGGCCAGUUUCUGUUCGACCUGAUCUGCCACCACCUGAACCUGCUGGAGAAGGAUUACUUUGGCAUCAGAUAUGUGGACCCCGACAAGCAGAGGCACUGGCUAGAGUUCACAAAAUCAAUUGCCAAGCAAAUGAAAUCUCAGCCACCUUUCACCAUGUGUCUGAGGGUCAAGUUCUACCCACCGGACCCUGCAGCGCUUAAAGAGGAAAUCACCAGAUAUCUAGUCUUCCUGCAGAUCAAGAGAGACCUGUACCACGGCCGGCUCCUGUGCAAGACGUCGGACGCCGCCAUGUUGGCCGCCUUCAUCCUGCAAGCGGAGAUCGGCGACUACGACCCCGGGAAGCACCCCGAGGGUUACAGCUCCAAGUUCCAGUUCUUCCCCAAGCACUCGGAAAAGCUGGAGCGGAGGAUCGCUGAAAUACACAAGACCGAGCUGAUAGGACAGACUCCCGAAACGUCCGAGUUGAAUUUCCUGCAAAAAGCACAGAUGCUGGAGACGUAUGGAGUGGAUCCUCACCCAUGCAAGGACGUGUCUGGGAACCCGGCUUUCCUGGCCUUCACACCGUUCGGCUUCGUCGUGCUGCAGGGGAACAAGAGGGUCCACUUCCUUAAAUGGACUGAGGUGACCAAACUCAAGUUUGAAGGAAAGACAUUUCAUAUAUAUGCAAAUCAGAAAGAGGACAGAAAGAUCAUCCUGACGUACUUUGCUCCGACGCCAGAGGCCUGCAAGCACCUGUGGAAGUGUGGCGUAGAGAACCAGGCUUUCUACAAGCUGGAGAAAUCCAGUCAGGUGCGGACGGUGUCCAGCAGUAACCUCUUCUUUAAGGGGAGUCGGUUCCGAUACAGUGGCCGAGUCGCGAAAGAAGUGAUGGAGCAGAGCGCGAAAAUCAAGAGGGACCCCCCCGAAAUACACAGGGCCGGCCUGGUGCCCAGCAGGAGCUGCCCCUCCAUCACCCACGGCCCCCGCCUGACCAGCGUCCCCCGCACCCGCCGGAGAGCCGUGCACAUAUCCAUCAUGGAGGGUCUGGAGUCCUUGCGGGACAGCGCCCACUCCACGCCGGUGCGCUCCGUCUCCCACGGCGACUCCUUCCUGCCGCGCUCGCGCAGCGCGAUGCCGGACGGCGCCGAGGGGCCCUCCGUGAUCUCGGACGAGGCCUACAGCCCGUCGGACAGCGUGCUGCCCACCCCCGUGGCCGAGCACGGCGGCCUGGAGCUGGCCCUGGCGCGCCAGAACAACGGCGCCCCCUGCAGCAUCGAGGAGGAGUUGGAGGCGGGGACCCCCGCCGGGGGCGGCGGCGGCGAGCCGGGGGCCGACGGCAGGGGGGGGGCCGGCGCCCGCUCCGAAGCGGAACAGGUGAAUAAGUUUGUUUUAAGCGUGCUCCGUCUGCUCCUUGUGACCGUGGGACUCCUCUUUGUGUUGCUCCUCCUCCUGAUCGUUCUGACCGAGUCCGACAUUGACGUGGCGUUUCUACGCGAUAUCCGCCAGACGCCCGAGUUCGAGCAGUUCCAUUACGAAUACUUUUGUCCCCUCAGGCGAUGGUUUGCCUGCAAGUUCAGCUGGCUGGGCGGGACAACCGUUAACCAGUGAAACUGAGGGAGAGGGGCCCCACACUGGGGCUGUGCCCUGGGCCCCGUCCUCCUCCCCCCUCCCCCUCCUUCCCCAACCUCCCCCCCCCUGCCGGGGACUCGAGAAGACGAUAGCGUGAGCGAGUGAUGGAGGGCUGCCCCAUCCCGACAUGAAUCCAGCUUCUCUCAUGCAAACCCCUCCCCCUUGCAGCAAGCGCACACCAUGGACUGCUCCAGGACACGCCCCCUGGAGUCUCCUCUCCUCCUGUGUUCAAUUUUUUUUCUCCUCUAUUUUUUGUUACAUUUUUAUUUUUAUAUGCAAAGCCAGAGGACAUUUUGUUUCCUUUUUUUGUUGUCUGGAAUUUCUUAUAAUUUCAGGUUUAUUUUUUUUGUUCGCCACAACAAAAAACUAAAAGCUGCAUGAAAAACCAACAUAAAAACCGACGUGAAAGAAAGUCGACGUGCGCUAGGCUUCUACUGAAGGUCUACACAGGACAGCAUAAAACAUGAGGGAGAAGAUGCCUUUAUUUUCUAAUUAAUUGUGUUUUAUCUCGGAGGGAAGAAUGAUGUGAGACAGGUCUGAUCUGAUCUGGCAAUAAGAUGUAUGACAGAAGAGCUUAAUGUGAGAUCGGCCAUUUCCCCAGUAUAUCAGUGUUAACCCUUACCAUGCUGUCAUUUUACUUGCUCUGCCCGCAGUGAGGUUGUGGCCGCUCAACCAGUAUUCUGGCAUUUUGGGUGGAAACCUGUAAUUAAAUUAAGAGAGAUUCUCAUGAAUUUGUCCACAGAGCAAGAUAUGAUAAGGAAUUUGAAGAUGAGUAAUUUAGGAAAGAACAGCCCUCUUAAAACACGUUACAGUGUAAGUGGUCCAGAUGUUGCAGUUUCACUGGAAAGGUCCUUAGUAUGCUGGCUCACUUAGAAAAGCUUUGACUGUUCUUCCGUAGGAAUUAGGUUCUGGGUUAGUAGUUGUAAGUUAUGCUGUAGAAUUAUUCAUUUGCAAGUUUUAUAAGAAUUCAAAUAAAAUGGAGUUAUGUUAUAUGACCUAGCAGUAGCUGGUGGAGACGCGUUGAUGGUCUAUCUCUCGAAAGCAUUCACUUGAACCCAUAGGUUCGGUCUAGCUAGAUGUGCAAUGUAAAGAGACAUUUUUAAAACAAAAAAUGUUACCAGCCUUUUUUUCCCUAAGCUGUGAAUUUAUUUUUGCUUGUUAAAUUUUUUUUAAGCAAAAUGUCUUGGUUUAUUUUUAUUAAAACAGAGUAAAAAGAAAGAGUGUACAAUAGAAUAAAACAGAGCGAAAUUGGUGGGCUUUUCCCCAUUGUAUAUAUAAAUAAUAAUUGUGGGGAGGGGCUUCAAUGUGGAAAUAAUACUAUUAUGAAUCAUUAUUAUAACAGUAGUAACACUAUACUUUUGUACAAAGUAGUUUUGUUUCCUAAUAUAUUGACAGUCCCAUGUAUAUUUUAACAGAAGUUAAAUAUUAUUUUGUUAUCGAAAGAAAGUUAUACUUUUUUCUUCUUUUUUUAGCUCUGUGAAUCCAGUGAGGCCUAGUAUUUAUGGAAAGCAGGAGGGAAAAGGGCUGAAACAGGGAUUUAUCCAGGUCCAUGUCACACUUAUGUCUCCUCUCCCACAAGCAGCAGCCACCUCCUUUAAUUGUAUUUUUGUCGUUGUCUGUACAUCUACCAAAGAUACUUCUGUGGUCCGGCCAACAGGGCAGCUGCUUGCAGAAUGCUAACUGAUUAACAGUGACUGCACAUCGCAGAGGGGAUACACAUUACUGUAUGCUAUCCGCCGCAUUCUCUCAUACUACAGUAUGCCACCAACAUGGCAAAACCUUUGACUGGAGCUGUUUGUCUGGCUGAUAGGUAGCAAUAAUUGUGCCUUUACGGCCGUUAGAUUGGAUAAAUCCCUGUUUUAGUUGUCUAUUUUUUGUUUGUUUGUUUGUUAGUUUGUUUGCUUCUGAUUUUGCUAUAUAUAUGAAGUAUGCGUGUUUGCUUUUGAUUAUUGUGUGUGGGAGUGCGUACAUGUGUAGCCUACAAUACAAAACAAAAAAAGUUUUAAAAUCUGAUGACGGAAAUCGCUGACGAACAAAGUGCAAAAAUGUUUUUUUUUUAAAGAGGGGAAGACGCAGAGCAGAGUUAUCAUGGCACAAGGACUAUGAGGGAGAAGCCAUUUGCUUUUAUUUAGCGGGUCACACAGAGAGAGUACCCAGCGCUCAUGUGACCAAACUGUCCAAUCAUAUUCUCAACCCCAAAUCAUGCAUGCCAGAUGGUCGAGCACACUACGUGCCUCUGAGUGCAGUAACCAAGUCACAGAGCUGCUUGAGGUCAGAAAAACCAGGUCUGCGCUAGAGCAGUUCAGCCUGAGAUCAGCUGUAGGGCGGUCUGGCCGAGGGCCUUGGCUUCAUCUGAUUGGCCUUCGCUGUCCGACACCCUCCGCCAUCCUUCGUUCUGCCCUCUGAUUGGACACUCAGCACAGAUGCUCAAUAUACAAACUAAACUGACCAAACUAGGCUGGUCACAUUCCGCAUUCCUUCCAUCUACACUGCUUCCUUAAUAUGGGUUGAGUUGCCAGGGCUAUCUGUUACCGUGCUCGCUGUUUUUAUGUUCUGUCUCCAGCAGAGCUACAGUCUGAAUACUUAUAUGAGCUAGUAAAUCAGAACAUUUUCAAGAUUUAACAGCAGUAGAGUUGAACUUUCUAUGUUAAGAAUACAGAGUAUUCUGUGUUAGUGUAUCGACAAUCUGCGGUCGGAGCAGCUGUUUUUACUAUUGUGUUGGGGGGGGGGGGGACUUUAGUCAGCUUAUAGUAUAAUUCCAGGUGGUUUGGACAAAGCAGGAUAAAAAUAGUAAAGAUCAUACACUAUAUAAACAACACGUGAAAUCUUGGAGACGAGCUGGCAAACAAGUUUACGUGCUACAUUUCCUUCAGACAGUUCUUAAGAAGCAUCUAAGAGUUAAGAUAUGCCAAAAAUGAACAGCCAAUGGAACGAUUGGUGGUGUUUUUGAAUUGUAUUACUUUACUUAUUAGCGACAUUCUGUAAGUACAUUUUCAGAAGGCAAUGUGGCAUUUGUGUGUUCUCCAAAAACAUUGUAAGCAAGGCUUCUGAUUGGUUGGUUUAUUUGACGAAGACAAGAAAAUGACAGGCAGUUUUAAAAUUUGGGAAAAGGAAAAAUAAGAUGAAUGAUGAUGGUCUCAUUAUUCACUCAUUUUAACAGCAUCAUGUAGCACCAAUGAUCACUGGACACAUGCAACAAAUAAGGCAGCAUAUUCAACAAGCAAUAAUCAAAAAAAUGUGUCACAUGACAAAAUCAUCAAGCUAGUCAAUUAUUAUUUUUAUUCUUUUUAUGUUAUUUCAUUUUUGUUUUUUAUUUGAUCAUUAUUGUCAAUGUUAUGUUAUUAGCAUUUUAUAAUUAGCUUUAUCUAAAUGUUGGCAUUUGCUAAUUUACUGUUGUGCUGUAAUUGGUGUUGCCGGACCCGAGGCUGUGUCAGUACAGAGCCUCAGCAAACGGCUCUGUACUGUGAUUACUGUGAGAUGGGGGGGUGGGAAUGGGGGGGGGGGGGUCAAAAGGGAAUGAAGAAAAACACACAGCUUGUCGGCAGGUGAUUUGGGCUACCCUUUAAAACAGAGAUCCUAAACACUGUCCUCCAUGUACCUGUGUGCAGAACAGCGAGCCUGUGACAUCGGACAGCUGCGCCCUGGUUGGCUUUCAUCUGCUGUCAGUCAUUUGUGUCACGCCUCCUAAAACGAGCCUUCCUUCCAGAGACACGCCCCAUGCCGUUGCACUGGACUGUCUGGUACACCCUUCUCCUUUUGGCCAGUGCUGGGGGAGGCGGACCAAACAGUGGUCAUAUCGGGAUGUCACAGUGUGCCGCUCAGCAAGUGUUGGCAAUCAUGUAAGCAGCACAGUUAUACUUUCCUGUCAUUUUUCUUUUUGGGUGGGGGGUAAGGGGAGGGGGGCAGUCCAUUAAUGCACAUUUUGAAGAUGAGAUGUAAGUGCAUUCGCACGGCGAAAAACAGACCUCCUCGUAAGGUAAGUUCAAAUUGAAGGUUGAUGCAUUAGGCCGGGCUAGCCUGUCACGGCUACCGCCAAAACUGCUAAACGCCGAUGCACCACAAGGGCUUACUGCUCAUCAUGGAUAUGUUCAACAACACUGUACCAGUUCACUGAGAUCUGGGGAUCAGGGGGGAAGGGGAUGGCUGCUACUGAAUGGCCGCGGGACUGAGGACAAGCCAAGCUUUACGCAACAGUACAGAGAGAGGGUAAGCAGUCUGGGCCCUGUGUGGGGGAACAAGACGCAAUGUUCCGCGGCUCAAAUAUCCCGCUUUAAGCUCGCCUAAUUGCUCACUUUAUUCACCAUUUAAGUGACUUCGGUAUUUUCAGUUUUCAUUUGAAAAUCUCUUGGCAGUAUUCAGGACGCAGGCGGUCAUAAGCCCCUCAUUAGUUGCCAGGUUAACUCUGGUAUCGUCAGUUUUUUGUAGAAAUGCAGAACUCUUCACAGCUAAUGCAAUCAGUCAGCAUUUAGACUGUUAAUUUUCCACUUUUGGGGGUGGGACGAAAGUGGCUUCAUUAUUUAAAUAGUUUGGGUUUUGCGAACCACAGAGAAUAAUUCCUUAAAGAAAAGGCGCAUAGCUAAUAUCGUUAGGCUGCUGUCAGCAUCAGCAGAUUUGGGGAUGUAGGUCCCAGGAGACAUUGACUGAGCAGUAAAACAGUAGAGGAAAAGGGGAGAGAGAAUGAGUGGGGGAAGGGUAUUUUUUAUAUUUAUGUGCUAAGAUGCACUGGAUAACUCGUCACUCUAAUAAAGUCACUGUAUCCCUGGGGCAUACAGACGCAGGCGGGACACGCUCCUGCCGGUCCACUAGGUGGCGCACUGUAAAGCAGCACCCUGAGAAGUGAGGAAACCGCAAAAUGCCCGUCUGUCCUCCCACCCGUCCGUUUCUUAUUUAACCGCACACAGGCGUGCUCUCUGCGGCGUUAGCUCGCUCUGCUCGAGAGGCAGCGGUAUUGUAUUUAUUCUGGGGUUCGACCCUAAACUGCGUCGCUUCUUCUGCACCAACCACCCUCUCCCACCGCCAUCAUCAUGCCCAUGGACGUGUGUGUAUCCAUACCAGCGCGUGCCCGUAGGUGACCUGUAUUUAUGUUAGUCUGAAUUACUGCAUCUUUUUAAACUUGGAAAUUGAAGAUUGCCGUUAAUUUAUUUAAUAUAUAAGUACAUGAGUAUAAAUAUAUUCAAAAUGUGUGUGCCAAAUCCUGUUCCUGCUCCGUCUAUCUCGUUCCAAAACCAUCUUUGUACUGUAGGAAAACUUCCAUAUGAAACAGUAUAAGAUAUUGUUUCCUUCUGAUAGUUCCUUGUAUCUGGUGCCAUGAAAUUAUUAAAACUUGAAAUAAACAUUGAAAAAAAAUGUUUGAAAGAA